AGAAGACAGGAAGCUGUUCGUCGGAAUGCUGAACAAACAGCAGACGGAGGAGGACGUGUACCGUCUUUUUGAGCCCUACGGAGUCAUCGAGGAGUGCACUGUGCUUAGAGGUCCCGACGGAAAUAGCAAAGGCUGUGCUUUUGUAAAGUUCUCCACACAUGCUGAAGCUCAGUCCGCAAUCAGCGCUCUGCACGGCAGUCAAACCAUGCCUGGCGCAUCGUCCAGCCUGGUGGUCAAGUUUGCCGACACGGACAAGGAGCGCACCAUCCGCCGCAUGCAGCAGAUGGUGGGCCAGUUUGGCAUCUUCAACCCUGCCAUCGCCCUGCCCUUCAGCACCUACAGCACCUACGCACAUGCGCUGAUGCAACAGCAGGCGGCCCUCAUGGCUGCCAGUCACGGAGGAUACCUGGCGCCCAGCGUGGCCUUUCCCACCACCCAGAUCCACCAGAUGGGGGCGCUCAAUAUCAACAGCCUGCCGCCCACCCCCAUGACCCCGGUGUCGGGUGAGUUUCAUCAGACACUGGCAGGCCUCAGCUCACCGCCUGCCAACAUCACUACAUCAGCCGUCCCCAGCAUUGUCACUCCUAUCGUCAACGGCUUUACCAGCAUCCCUCACCAGCCCAACGGUCACCCUGCAGUGGAGGCCGUGUACACCAAUGGUCUGCCCCCAUACUCCACCCAAAGCCCCACGGCUGCAGACACCCUACAGCAGGCCUUCACUGGGGUGCAGCAAUAUACAGCCAUCUACCCAGCUACCACACUGACCCCUAUUGGCCAAAGCUUGCCACAGCCACCACAAGUCAUUCAGCAGCAGCAGCAGAGAGAAGGACCAGAGGGUUGCAACCUCUUCAUCUAUCAUCUACCACAAGAGUUUGGUGACAAUGAGCUUAUGCAGAUGUUCCUUCCAUUCGGUACAGUCAUCUCCUCAAAGGUCUUCAUGGACAGAGCCACCAACCAGAGCAAGUGUUUCGGCUUUGUGAGCUUUGAUAACCCUGCAAGUGCACAAGCUGCAAUCCAGGCUAUGAAUGGCUUUCAGAUUGGCAUGAAGAGGUUGAAAGUGCAGUUAAAACGGCCGAAGGACGCAAGCCGCCCAUACUGACAGGGCCCAACACAUACUGG